UCUCCCUGAUGUAGCACUGAUUCCCGCGUUCCGCCGUUCGGUUCAGCUGCGGCGGCCGAAAUGACUGAACUGCGACAUUUCCCUGUACGUAUGAUGACAACAUGUGGAAAAACGACUUAGGCGCUCUACCACACCUGUCAGAUGAUACGUACGUUACAGAGUUUUUGUGCUCUUUCGGCACCGUCGUCACGGCAGCAAAAGAAGUCAUACGCCUUCGCCGUGGAACCGUACGCACUGCCUUCUUUACUGCUCACAAACAACUGUGACUCGAGGUAUGCUUCACCAUAAGAGGAACAUAAGACCUUUUGUGCCUUUUCAUUCAACGAAGAACGAUGUGGCCGUGAGUGUCAAGGCCUCCAUAGUCUCGUAGUGUCCCGUCCAAGAGGUAACUUCUCUGCACUGACGGACGUCCAUUGCUUCAAAAAAAUGACCAAGGACGUCAUCGUAGAGCCACCUUCGCCAACGGCUUCGGACGACGACAACAAUGAAUAUCCAAGCGGGUUCAUUGGCGUCUGGCAAAUUGCAGAGCGUGAGCUUCGGGAAACUCCAUUGAAAAGACAGAAAGACCUGAACCUCAUGAGAGAAAUGAUACGAAGUGACCCAGAGAUGAACCCCAGAACGGACGAUGCCUUCUUACUUCGAUUUCUCCGCUGCAGAAAAUUUGACUGUCACAGAGCGUACAAAGUGCUUCGCCAAUACUACAAGCUGCGCCACAACAAUCCACAGCUCUUCAAGGCGUUUCAUCCUACUAAUCAGAAGGAGACAUUCCGACACAAUUUGCAGAUGGUCCUUCCUGAUCGAGAUCCCAAAGGCUGUGCGGUAUUCAUCUUCAAAGGAGGCCAUUGGAAUCCUUACACCUGCACCGCAGAAGACAUCUUCCGAGCCAACGUCAUGUGCCUGGAGCAAGCAAUAAUGGACCCAGUGACACAAGUGACAGGAAUAGUUGCCCUGAUGGACAUGAAAGGGUUCAGCUUUACACAUCUGCGAUUUUGCCCUGCGAGUCACCUACAGAAAGUUGUCUCUCUUAUACAAGACUGCUUUCCUGCUAGGUUCAAAGCUAUUCACAUCGUUAAUGAACCAGCCAUAUUUAGCGUGCUCUUCAGCAUAGUCAAGCCAUUUCUCAAUGAGAAACUUCAGAAAAGGAUCUACUUUCAUGGCUGUGACUUGAACUCCCUGCACCAGUACCUUCCGGCUGACAUUCUUCCAGAGGAAUACGGUGGACUGACGGGCAGCAUGGAUAAUUCAGACUUUGUGCAACGCAUGUACAGGAACGACGAAAUGUUUAAGAAGGAUUCGGCUUAUGGAUUCAAGAACAAGAUUAAGGUGGACAGUUCCCAAGGAUGAGGUUGCGUGUAGUGUCUGCCGCUGCCAUACUUUGGUUUGGUGGAAAACACAUUGUUGCAGUGCAGCUCAGUUGGCCAGCCAGGAUUCACUCACUCAUAAGUGACUUUCAUUUGUGUGUGUAUUUAUUACGCGUUUUACUUAGCAAUGUACAGACAGAUUUUUGUAAGUAUAUGUUCUGCCACUCUAAUGUCAUUCAUGUGUUUGUUACUGUAUAUUCGAAACAAAGGGUAUUCCCAUGA